AUGAAAGUGUUUCGUAUUUUGACACCAUUUUUGGCACUUCUCAUCCUCAACAUGACUCUUAGCUCCAAUUUAAUCCUCAAAACCACACAAAAUGACAAAAAGAUGUCAAAAUAUGUCUGCAAAGUCACCAAAGACAUAAUAUCAUCCAAAAGUGACACUCAGGAUGUUCUCAUUGGAAAUUUGGCUGGAGAAUUGUGGUCAUCAACAGCUAAUGACAUUGCUGGAUGUGUUGGAAGUGACAAUGCUGUGGUUUUUAGUGAUUUCAAGAGUUUUGUGAUUAAAAAGACAUUAAGGAAGGCAGCAGUCAUAAUUUUGGCAGAGUUAAUUACUUCAAUUGUUGCCAAUCACAAGGACUCGACAUUAUGGAAUCAUAACGCGAAAAUCAUUUUCUUGAUUAACAAUUUAAUCGAUGCAGCCACACUAUCGCAGAUUGUCAAUACUUUAAAGUUGUUUGGAAUUCAGAACUUUGUGUUAGUUUACGAGCACAAAAAUGAGGUUUUCGUUCUAGUUCUUGACUAUAUCAAACGUAAAGUUACACGACAUUUAAGUACGAAAAGCUUCUACCAAGAUAUAUUCUAUAAUAAGCUUAAUGACUUGCAUGGAUAUCCAUACAGAAUUGUUGCAUGUGCUCAGCUUCCCCGAGUAAUUAUCGAAAAUAUGACAAUUCAUUCAGCUUUGCUGUACUUCUUGCAAGCAGUGGCAAAAAUUCAAAAUGGAAAUCUUUGGAUUAGGGUUUUAAAUAAUUGUAAGGACGUGAUUGUGUAUUGGAAGCAACGUCUCAUGGAUAUAAGUUUGAACACAGCUGUUGAAGUUUAUUUUCCGUCAAUUCCAAAACUUUUGACUUAUGAAGAGAUUGGCUAUUGCGCUUUAGUUCCAUUGCCUCAAACAAAUUCCCUUUUUCAGUCAAUCUUCAUUGAACCAUUCGAUGGUCUUACUUGGCUAUUUUUUGCUCUUACUAUGAUUUGUUCUGUUGCUGUUUUUUGGAUGUUCCGUGGUCGUGGUGCUGUUGAUUCUCCUUGGCUACUUGUUUAUGGCAUGUUUGUCAUGUUCAUCGGUCAAGGUGUUCAUUUCAGUCGGAAGAACCGCUUUGUGCUGACUAUUUUGUUGCAGCUGAUCAUUUUGAUGAUUUGGGUACUCAGCACUGCCUACGAGAGCAUCAUAACAUCUUUCAUGAUCCAACCCAUGUAUGAGCAACGACUUGAGACAUUCGAUGACUUAAUAGCAUCUGAGCAUGAUAUCAUCACUGACGAAACUUUCAUCGAUUCAUUAAAUGAGACUUUAGCUCUUGAGAAAUUGAAAUCAAGAUCGAUUGAAACUAUUUUUGAGGAAUGGGGCACAUUGAAGAAAACGAUGCAAAAAUCAGAAAAAAUUGUUAUAUUGGAAUGCGAUCAGAUUGAAAUGAUGAUGACUUUACAGCUCCCAAAUGGCAACAAAGUAUCAGAACAUUAUUACAUGCUGCCUAAAAAGUUGUCUUCAUACCUCGUCAGACUUGAAGCAAGCUACUUUAAUCCAUUUAUUGAGAGACUUCAGUACUACAUGGACUUGUCAUUUCAAGCUGGUUUAAUGCAUAUUUGGAAUGUUUUUGUGUCACCUAGUAAAAUAAAAAAGAAUCUUUUUCAUAGCAGCAGUGAGCCUUCAUUACUAAAACUUGAAGACUUAACUCAAGUGUUCAGCAUUCUUAUUUUCGGCUAUGUUCUGUCUAUUGUUGUGCUGCUUUUUGAGAUCUUUUUUCAUGAUAUCCUUAAGAAAUUAGAGCUUACUUGUCUCGCACGGAAGUUGAGAAAUCGAGUACAUCAGAUGGCAUAUAAGAAGCAGAAGCAACCAAAGCAUCCAAAAUAUCAAAAAGGUGCACUUUACUACAUCAUUCAUAGACGCAAGAGAGUCAAGAGAUUGAGGGCAAGGAAGUUGAAAGUUCGAAGAAUUUAUGUCCAGCCUAGGUUUCCUAUGGAUUAA